GACCAGCACCCGCAGAGCCGACGCCCCUGCGCGGACCCAGAUCGGCCGCAGCGGGAGUCUGGCGCGGGUGCCGCGCAGGGUGCCCGGACUGCGUGCGGCCCGAAGCGCGGAGGCGGACCUACCCACCGUGGUCCAGUUGUGGCGCCCAGAACUCCGCAGAGGACGCGACCGUGAGGCUGGGGCUGCCCGCGGGGAGGGGGACGACCCCUAGACCCUGCCUGCCGCAUCCCGACAGCUCGGCUGUGGGGCCGCCCACUCUAGGAUCAGUUCUGCCAGGGUGGGGAGAGGUGGGUGCCCUAGACGGAUUCCGAGCAAUCCCCCUGCCCGGACACCUCUCCCGGUCUUGCAUCCUAAAGACCCCCUCCUGGCGCUUCCCUGUCUCGUUCUUCCCACCCAACCCCCUCCACUCCGGCCUGCAGCCCCUCUCAGCGCUCCAGUCAGGUGAGGCGCUGGAGAGGGAAAGACUACGGUCCUUCUGCUCCCCCUCCCACCCCGCCCCUGCUGUCCCUCGCUGGGCUGGGGACACCCAGGAGGAUGCUGGCCCUUUAAACCCUUGCUCCUCACCCAGAGCUGCUUCUAUCUCGCCACCCGCGCCACUUCCGACAGCUGGCAGCCGCGGGGAGCCCCGGGGGGCCGGCAGGGGCGCCAUGCCCGGCCUGUACUGCCCCUCCAGCUGGACGCCGCUGCCCCUGACUGACUCCUGGGUCCGGGCCUGCGCCAACGGCCCCUGUCUCAGCCUGCGGGCCCGGCUCACCUACCACAACCCGCAGCCGCAGCCGGUGGACGGCGUGUUUGUGUACCCGUUGGCGGAGGCCGAAGUGGUCUCGGGCUUCGAGGCGGAGGCGGCGGGACGGCGCGUCUCGUUCCAGCUGCAGAGCAGGCGACGCUCACAGGCCGCUUGCUGCCGCGCGCUGGGCCCCGGGUUGGGGGCCUCCACGCCCCGCCGCUGCGCGCAGGGUCAUCUUGUGUUGGAUCUGGCCCAGGCCCGGUCCACACUGGUGCUGCCCACAGGCCUCAUCAACGCGGCCGGCACCAUGACAGUGACCCUGCGCAGCAGCCGGGAGUUGCCCUCAAGGCCUGAUGGGGUGCUGCACGUGGCUCUGCCCUCUGUGCUCACCCCACUGGCCUCACCAGGCCCACCGGGGCCCCCCAGGCCUCCGGGGCUCUGUGACGACAGCCCUACCAGCUGCUUCGGGGUGGGCAGCCCUCAGGAGGAAGGGCUGGCCUGGGAGGAGCCAGCGGCCCCUCCGGAUGUGUUCUCAGGCCCUGCCCGCUGCCCUGCCCCGUACACCUUCUCCUUCGAGAUGCUGGUCACUGGGCCAUGCCUGCUAGCAGGCCUGGAGAGCCCUUCUCAUGCUCUGCGGGCAGAUGCCCCACCUCAUGCCAGCUCCGCAGCCACCAUCUGUGUCACAUUAGCAGAGGGCCACCACUGUGACCGGUCAUUGGAGAUCCUGCUGCACCCCAGUGAGCCCCACCAGCCACACCUGAUGCUAGAGGCCGGCAGCCUGAGCUCAGCAGAAUAUGAGGCCCAGGUGAGGGCCCGCCGGGACUUCCAGAGGCUACAGAGAAGGGACAGUGAUGGGGACCGGCAGGUGUGGUUCCUGCAACGACGCUUCCACAAGGACAUCCUGUUAAACCCCGUGCUGGUGCUGAGCUUCUGCCCGGACCUGAGCUCUAAGCCUGGAAACCUGGGCACAGCCACACGGGAGCUUCUCUUCCUGCUGGAUGGCAGCAGCAUAGCGCACAAGGACCUGUUUCAUGCUGUCCUCCCUGGCCCUCCCCAGGAUGCCAUUGUUUUGGCUGUGAAGUCACUGCCACCACAAACGCUCAUCAACCUGGCCAUGUUUGGCACGUCGGUGCGGCCCCUCUUCCCAGAGAGCCGGUCUUGCAGUGAUGACACUGUGCAGCUGAUCUGUGAGAACAUUGAGACCCUGCAGGCUGAGAGUGGUCCCCCAGAUGUGCUGGCUGCACUGAACUGGGCCAUGGGGCAGCCCCAGCACAAGGCCCGCCCUCGGCAGCUCUUCCUCCUGACUGCUGCCUCGCCCGUGGCCGCUGCUACCCAUCAAACCCUGGAGCUCAUGAGGUGGCACAGGGGGGCAGCCAGGUGCUUCUCCUUUGGGCUGGGGCCUGCCUGCCACCAGCUGCUCCAGGGGCUGUCUGCCCUCAGCAGGGGCCAGGCCUACUUCCCAAGGCCUGGGGAGAGGCUGCAGCCCAUGCUGGUGCAGGCUCUCCGGAAGGCACUGGAGCCUGCUUUGAGUGACAUCUCUGUGGACUGGUUUGUGCCUGAUGCGGUGGAGGCACUGCUGACCCCCCGGGAGAUCCCAGCACUCUACCCUGGGGACCAGCUGCUCGGCUACUGCUCACUCUUCAGGGUGGAUGGCUUCCGGUCCCGUGCCCCAGGGGGCCAAGAACCCGGCUGGCAGAGCUUGGGAGGCUCCGUGUUCCCAUCCCCAGAGGAGGCACCAUCUGCCACCAGUCCUGGCACUGAGCCCACUGGCACCUCGGAGCCGUUAGGAACGGGCACUGUGUCAGCAGAGCUGUCCAGCCCGUGGGCUGCUGGGGACUCAGAGCAGACAGGUACUGAGGCUUUGACAGACCCAGUCACAGACCCUGGACCCAAUCCCUCCUCUGACACAGCCAUAUGGCGCCGCAUCUUCCAGUCAUCGUACAUCCGGGAGCAGUAUGUGCUCACUCACUGCUCUGCCAGCCCAGAGCCAGGUCCAGGCUCCACAGGCAGCAGUGAGUCCCCUGGCUCCCAGGGCCCUGGCUCUCCUGAGGGCACUGCUCCCCUGCAUCCCCCUUCUCAGCAGGGCUGCCGCAGCCUGGCCUGGGGAGAACCUGCAGGCUCCCACUCCUGCCCCCUGCCUCUACCCCCAAUGGCUCCAGUCAAGCCUGGGGCCUUGAGUGCUGAGGUGCUGGGUCGUCGACGCAGAGCAGCUCUGGCUGGCCGGAGCCUCUCAUCUCCCCCAGGCCAGGUGAACCCAGUCCCUGGCCGUCCCCGGCACCCCUCUCUGGGCAUAGCACCAGAUGGGCCAGGCCCUGAGUCAGGGCAGCAGCUGGGACAGGGCCUGGAUGACUCAGGAAAUCUGCUCUCCCCGGCCCCCAUGGACUGGGACAUGCUGAUGGAACCCCCCUUCUUAUUCACAGCUAUGCCCCACAACGGGGAAUCAGCCUCUCCAGCAGUGGAACUGCCUCCUCAGGCUCCACGCUGCCACGUGGUGAUCCGAGCCCUGUGUGGGGAGCAGCCUAUGUGCUGGGAGGUGGGUGUUGGGCUAGAGACACUAUGGGGACCUAGUGAUGGCUCACUGCCUCCGUCACCCCCUCAAAGAGAAAGUGCUUGGGACCAAGCACUCCAUCGGCUGACAGCAGCCUCCGUGGUCCGGGACAAUGAGCAGCUGGCUCUCCGUGGAGGGGCUGAGGCCAUGGCUGACCAAGGCCAUGCCCGGAGGUCCUGGCUCCGAGCCCUUCAGACGAGCAAGGUCAGCUCUGCCCCUUCCUGCUUCACCUGCCCCGUAGCUGUGGAUGCUACCACCAGGGAGGUCCUACCCUCGGCCCUGCAGGUGCGGAGCUCAGAGCUAGCUGAGCCCCUAAGCACUUCUGCCUCUCAAGGCCAACUAGAUGCAACUCCUCUGCCUACAGCUGUCCACGCUAAAGGACUUCAGGGAGGCUCUGUGGUAGGUGGCUGGAACCCAGACCAAAAUGGCAACUCCAAGUCAGUCACCAGAAGUCCUCAUCGCCUGCCCCCCCAGCCUCCCUCUAGGCUCAGCCUGGGCGGUGGGAGGGCCAGAGGCUCUGACAGCCACAGACCCUGCAGCACCAACCGGGGCCAGGCUGGCGACAGCAACAGUAAAGGCAGUGACCACGACUACUUGCCCUUGGUGCGGCUGCAGGAGGCACCUGGCUCCUUCCGCCUAGACGCACCCUUCUGUGCAGCAGUACACAUCCCUCGGGAGCGCCUGUGCCGCGCUUCGCCCUUUGCUGCGCACCGCGCCAGCCUCAGCCCCACCUCGGCCUCCUCUCCCUGGGCACUUCUGGGGCCUGGUGUUGGCCAGGGUGACAGUGCCACGGCCUCCUGCAGCCCGUCCCCCAGCUCAGGCUCUGAGGGUCCAGGCCAGGUGGACAGCGGACGGGGUUCAGACACUGAGGCCUCAGAGGGUACAGAAGGGCCCGGAGGUGCGGACCUGCGGGGCCGGACCUGGGCCACCGCCGUGGCACUCGCCUGGCUGGAGCACCGCUGCGCUGCUGCCUUCGGCGAGUGGGAACUGGCAGCAGCUAAAGCUGACUGUUGGCUACGGGCCCAGCACCUACCUGAUGGUCUUGACCUAGCUGCCCUCAAAGCUGCAGCCCGGGGUCUCUUCCUGCUGCUGCGCCACUGGGACCAGAACCUGCAGCUACACCUGCUGUGCUACAGCCCUGCAAACAUGUGAGGGCUGCCCACUGCUCUGGCUGGCGCUGCCCAACACACUCAAGUCACUGCCACCGGGGCCGGCUUCUCGGUACUGGGAGGGGCAGGCCGGUAUCCACCUGACCCCUACUGCUUCUCAUCCCCUUCCCAGAACCCCCCUGCCCUCACAGAAAGUGCCUGCCUGUGCUCUCUCCCACUCCUCCCAUCCCAUGCCUCUUCCCCUCUGAGCUCUGUGCAGUGUGGUGGAAGGGUAGAGAGCCACAGUCCCCAAAUCCUAUGCAAUAAAGUGCCUCUUAAG